AUGAUAAUUUAUUAAAGAACUUAGAAACGUUAUUGAAGUUGCCUUGACUUGCAUUGAAAUGAGAAUAUUUUCAGGAAUUGGCCAGAAUUGAUUUCAUACUGUUAAAAGCUAGGCCCUAGACGUUAGGCAUAAAAAUCGAACCAAAGGUCUGAUUAGCCCUUAAAAAAAAAGAAGGCCUAUCAUUAUCAACAUCAGAGAUAUUUUGAUUAACAGUCAGGACCCUUGAUCAGUUCAUCUUCAGUAACUCACUCUAUUUAUAUGGUCUUAGUACAAAGGUUGAAAAUUAUGUGAUAAUUGGUCAAACGGUAAAUGACAUGUAAAUACAGAUAAAGUAAGAUGGUCAACUUAUCAAGAAUGUAAAGAAAAUGACUUCACAGAGCAUGAAUUAUAAUCAGAAUAUUUUAAUAGUUAAACCAGUAGAUACAGUAGUAACCUGUACCAAUGAUGAUGGUAAUACCAAACCUGUUGCGUCUGUCACCAUUAAUGGCUUCAUACCUAGAAGCUCAAGUAUUGGUAUUGAACCAACCAAAUCUACCUUAUCAAAAUUGGAGAUAACAGAAAGUGGACUGAGUCAGGAAGAAGAAUCAGAACUUGCAGCUUUUUUAUCAUUAUUGAAGAGGAAACGUCUACAAGAAAAAUUAGUGUAUGUGAUAUCAAUAGGUACUAUUAUCUUAUUGACACAUAGUUUAAUGGCUUCACAAUGGUUGUUACCAUAUUAUUAUACUAUUAGUACUCCAUGUCUCCUUCUAAUUAGAACCAUCAUAUACUGGAAAUUCCGAUGGCAUUAUUUUCUUUUGGAUUUCUGUUACUAUGGCAACAUUUUAUGGUUUGCAUUUAUUUGGAUUGCUCCUCAUCAUGGAGAUUUAUUUUCUGUAGCGUUUGCUAUAGCCAAUGGUCCGUUGUUAUGGGCGAUGGUUAUUUAUCGUAACUCUCUAGUUCUACAUAGUAUAGAUAAAGUUACAUCAGUUUAUAUACAUAUCCUUCCAGCUUUCCUAUCAUUUGUAAUACGAUGGUAUCCAGAAGAAUCUUCCAGUAAAUGGCCUUGUCAUUUCAUUCCAUUGUUAAGCGAAUGGUCUUUUAUUUGGUUGGUGGCUGUUCCAGCUGCAUCUUUUAUCGGCCAUAACAUCCUCGUAACACUUUUAACAUGUAUAUGUAAACCACCCGAACAUUACCAGACAAGUUAUCGUUACCUCACUUCUAAAACUUCCACAUUCAUUUAUAGAGCCAUCAAUUUAUGUGGUCCAAAAUAUAGAAUCCUGCUGUAUUUAAUAUUCAACUGGUUAUUUUGUCUGGCAUCAUUUACCAUGACGAUACUGUGGUAUAACUAUUUUAUAGCUCAUAUUGUCUAUCUCUCAUUGAUGUUUCUUGUUAUCACAUUUAAUGGGGCCAGAUUUUAUUUAGAUGUAUUUAGUGUUCGUCCUGGUAUAUCUGGCUAA